AUGGUGGAGCACAUCGCCGCCAUGAAUUUUAGUUUGAUAGCGCUGUGCAAAUUGGUAUCCACUUGGUAUCACGGUGAAACACUUCAAAUGCUGGUAACAUCGGUCAUGACCGAUUGGAUUACUUCAAGCAACUUGGAACGAUAUACGAUGAUGAAGAUCGCAAGAUGUAGUAGAAGUUUGUCAUAUCGAUGUUACGUUUUUGGAAUUUCAACGGUCGGGCUUUACAUAUUAUUCAAUCUCACUAAGUUUUAUCGAUUCUUGCACCAGUCUCAACGAUUCAUCAUCUAUCCAAUCCCGUAUCCUUACAACGUUCAAAAGAGUCCGAAUUACGAGAUCACCUUUUUUAUUCAACUUUGUGGUGGUAUAUGCUCGGCCUUCAUCAUCUGUACUGUCGACAUCUUCGUCUCAACGCUUGUGCUGCACGUCUGUUCGCAGCUGAUAAAUUUACGAACAACACUGCAUAAUCUGAUUGACGAAGUGGUCGACAAAUCCAUGUCGUCUUCAAGAUUUAGGAAACAGUUAAGCGCGGUUAUUAUUCGCCACGAGCAUGUCAUCAGGAACGCGAAGGCACUUGACAGCUCCUUCAGUGCGAUGUUGUUCGUGCACAUGCUGGCAUUUAAUUUUUUAUUGUGCUUUCAAACGUUUCGAGUUUUUACGAUAAUAACGGAACACUUGGAUGUGCCCUUUAUCAAAAUUAUUUUUCUUACGUCUUACGUUCUCCUCGUGCUAAUGCAUUUGUGGAUUUAUUGCUAUUCAGCCGAAAGACUUUCGGUAGAGAGCAUCGGUGUCGCAUACGCCGUGUAUGAAUGCAAAUGGUACGAUCUGCCGCCAAAAAACGCGAAGGAUUUAAUGUUCAUGGUAUAUCGCUCCGCGAAUCCAUUAAUAUUGACGGCCGGAAAAUUCGGAACGUUUUCAAUUGAAAUGUUCGGAUCAACUGUGAAAACAUCAAUGGGAUACUUAUCUGCAUUGCUGACAAUGAGUCAAUAA